AUGUUGGCCCCAACACGGCAUCACUUGUCGUUAGACGCCUUAUCAUCCUUCUUGCCCUCUCAUUCCUUUUCCGAUGCCAUUCCUAUCAUAUCACGUCGUCUACAGGUACUCUCAUACGUCCUUGCAGAGAUCAGCAGUGCGGCAAUGCUCUUGGAUGACUACGUGCGGGCUGUGUUAAAUCUCUCCCAUCGCCUCUUCACCGCCUGGCAGAGUAUUGCCGUUGCUGCUAUUGCCCGACAGGACUCAACAGACACUGAAAUAAGAAGAGGUGGAAACGGCAACACACUCCUGCGGCGUUGGCAUCGUAUGAGACGAUUCAGUUGUGAUAGAGAAAACACCACAUCUCCUCAUCUACACAGUAGACAUCGAUCCUCUUCUGAACGGGGGGAACGGAAAAAACUUCGAGUUUGUUAUCAAAAGGAAAAUGUAGCGGCAAGACAUGUGGAGAAUGCACGGCGUAUAGUAGUAAUGGCCCUCUUUCAUCAAUACUUGCAGGUUGUGGUGGUGGAUAGUAUGGAUGAUCUUGUCUUGCGGGAUUGGAUUGGACCUCGACAUCCACCACAGCGACGAACACAACAUAAUACCCAUCAUCAUCAUCAUCAUCAUCAUCAUCAGCAAACUUCUUCACAUAGACGAGAUAGUUCGGAAAAUCGGUUUACUGAUCUCACAGAUGUGGAGGAAAAUACAACUAGCAAUAAUGAAAGAGAACGAGCACAGCGGAUGCUGCCGUGUCUUAAACGGGCACGUAGUGUUCUUACACCACAACGGCCAAAGAAACAAGAAGAACAACACCAACAUGGACGAGGACGACAAUUGGUACGGAGUUUAUCCUUGGUGGGAAAAAGGAAUGAUGAUAACCACCAUGAUAAUAAUAAUGAUACUAAUAAUAAUAGUACUACUACUAAUAAUAAUAAUAGUACGGAUACUAAUAAUGAGUAUGCGUUCUUUCCAGUUAAUUUGCAGGUUUUCAUGCGAGCUGCUAUUGCUUUUAAUCCUACGGCAUGUGCAUUGCAGCUCAUGUCACGAUGCGUUUUACACGCCCGACAUGUUCGCAACGUGGAUGAUGAGGUCGUUGUAAAUACUUCUGACAUUGGAGAAGGAGAAGGCGAGGGAGAAGGAGAAGAAGGUUUAUUUUAUGUUGUUGUAGCUAGUAGGGCUGUUGGUGUUUGUGAACAUAAUGAACCUUGUUUUGGAAAUCGCAAGUUUUUUUUCGUAACCUAUCAGGAACCAGAGAUGCCACCCGAAUAUGAAAUUCCUCUUACUACUACUACUACUACUACUAGUAAUAGUAAUAGUAAUAAUAAUAGUACGAAUAAUAAUAGUACUACUAGUACUGGGAUAGCAGGUGUAAUGCCUUCUCUGCAGUCGAUAAGAACUAUGGGAAGAGAAACCGAAAUAACUGAACCAACUGAAGAAAAAGAAGAAAAGGCCUCUAGUAAGGACCGUGAUGGAUAUGAAAAUGUACCAGAAAGUACACGAGCGUGGAGUCGCACUAUAGACACUCUUACCCAAAUGUUUCCAGAAUUACACCGCAGACACACAUCUGUACAUACUCGCGAUUCUACAUAUACUUCUCCACGUCUUGUACCGAGUACCACUACCGCAUCUUAUAGUAGUAGUGUUGAUCCGCAAGAGAAGAGACGAUCUUCUAGUGAUGUGGAAGAAGUGCGGCAUCGAUUAUCUAAUCAUACCAUGUUAAGACGUGGAGUUCCCCCACGAGAUAGAAAGGAUCAGAUGUCAAAUGUAAACAACGAGGAGCAGCAAAAAGAAGAAGAAGAAGAAGAAGAAGAAAACGAAGAAAAAGAAGAAAAAGAACCAGCAGAAGCAGCAGAUAAUGAAGAAGAAGAAGAGAUACGUCCAUUAUGGCUUCUCAUGCACUCUAACCGCUGCAGUGCCACCGGUACCUUCUUUACGACUACUGCUGCUGGUAAUGGACGUCUUCUUAUGGAUACUCCAACAGGUCCAUUACGCCGUCAGCCGGGAUGUGUGGAUGAUUAUUGCGUGCCAUUCGAUCAGGCUCUCUUUGUUCCGCCCAAUGCCGGUCAUGAUACAAUGCACCGUGGACCAGCACUACUUCCACCACUAAUAACAGCUCCAUCCACAGCGCUAACAGUGGCAGUGCCAACAACAUCCAUCCCCACUGCGACGGAGACACUUAUGACGAAUGGACAGUGUGCCUUUGCAGAAGAACUUAUUGCACGGUUAAACUUCUGGUGUGCACGGGGUGAGCCGCGUCGUCGUCGUUGGGGUAUUAACACAGCAGGUGUUGAACCUAAUGUAAAUUUUACUAAUGAUAGUGAGGCUACUACUACUACUACUCCUACUACUAGUGCUAAUACUACUAAUACUACUAGUGCUAGUACUAGUAAUACUGGUAAGAAUAGUCGUGGGUGUUUGGGGAGUGGUGUAGUCCUACCAUUAAGAUUGCUUUUCACACGGGUAGGAACGAUUCGCUUUCGUCCACAGGAGUCGGCAGUGUAUUGCAGUAAGAAAGGUCAACAGUUACUCUUUCUAGCACUUGCAGAGACUACGGAGUUAGUGAUUUGCGCUAUGCAGGAUAGUCGCCCACAUAAUAGAAGAAGAAAAAGAAGAAGAGACAGUAAGGUACGUCAUCGCCAUUCACAUGAUAUUAGUGAUGAUGAUAGUGAUAGUGAUAGUUCUAGUGAAGAGGAUAGUGAUAACGGUAUCAAACACCAUCAUCAUGGAGUAAUGUCUGAUAAUAAGAGUGAUUCAGCUGAAUGGGGACACUAUGAUCACAUUGCAGCAGAAGCAGUAGUGGAAUGGUCACAAGGUGAUAGUCUGAAAGACGAAGACGAAGAAAACGACAACAAUAACGUGAAGAAUGAAAGUUCAGAGAAGGAAAAAGAAAGAUCCUUUACAUCUAGUGCUUAUGCUAGAAGAACCUCCUCACCAAAACAUAACCGAAACACAAUAAAACCUUCUUCACUUACAACGCGUGAAAAACAUCAGUGUAGAAAUGAACGUUUAAAAAUUGAAUUUCGUCUCGCUCGUUCUAAACGUCUUGAUGCUAUUCUUGUAGAUACUCAUAGUGCUAAACCCAUUGCCUCUCUCACUUUAUCUCAAUCACGACGAUUUGGUCAAGGACCCAGUGAAGUAGUGAAUGAUCAGGUGGUACAGAAUACCACUUUUAUUGUGAAUUCCUUCAGUCACUAUGUAGCCCCAUUAUUACGACACCUUCGCGAGGAUAAAAUACUCAUGGUGGAUAUGGAUCGUACACUUGUGGAUAAUGCCAUUCUCGCAGGGGAACCACCAGACAUGGAUGGUAGCACUGCCGCUACUACAACCGCAUGGCAUCAAGAAAGAGGUGGUAUUCGUGGGGAUUUACAACUUUAUUGUGAGGAACGUAAAGAUGUUCAUUAUUUAGUAACAGAUGGACAUAAACAGGCCAUGCGUACAGAAACGAUUUAUGUACGUCGUGGGGUACGAGAAAUGCUUCGACACUUUCAUGUGGAAUGGGGUAUUCCACUUAUCUUGGUAACAAAAUCAUCUCUUCGUCGAACAGAGGCGAUUCUCUCUCAGAUAUUUGAUCCAAAAGGAGAACUUUUUCCUGAAGGCGGCGGUCGUAUCUUUACAGCAGAAUCCAUUAUGCGAACCUUAUCCUCCUCUACAUCUAAUGGAACCACCCAUUUGGAUAUCAAUAAGAAUGAUAGUGAUGAGAACAAUCAUAAUCACAAUACUACUAAUACAAAUACGAACAACAACAACAACAACGUAACGGAUUGGCAAUUGUACCAACGGAAUCUCGCAAGAACGCCCAAGUCUAUAAUUGCGGUAUUACAUGAAUUGGAUCGCGCAUCAAAACCACAAAGUGGUUCAUCCCAACAACCGCGAAAUAUUGCCGUAUUAGAUGAUGCCCCACAUGUGUGGGUAAAGGCGGAUUGGCCCUGUACGGUUUCACUCGCUCCCUACACACUUGACCGUGUGGACCCACCUGAGUACUUUUCGCCUAAUGGACUCAUUGUAUCUAUGCUCAUCUCCGCACUCUACAGUAGUAAGUGUAUGGUGUACCCAGUAUCACCAUUAACAAAAGACGCAAAGGAUGGACAUGGCACAGCUUCGGAGAGAUAUCACAGACGUAGGAGGAAAGAAAAAAGAAAAGAUGGAGACAGUGAUGUGGAUACAUCUUCAUCUUCUUCUUCUGCUUCUUCUGUUAAUUCCAUGGACACAGAGAUUGCAGUGAAGGCGGCAACGUUGCGUGCGAAGAACUCUGUGGAGUCUGCCCAUUCAUUGGAUUCUCAUGCGGAUAUGAAUGAAGCCAUUGUAGAGGAGAAUAUAGCCCCAGCAGAAGAGGCCGUUGUGGAAGAAGUUGGUGGGUGGAAUGACGGUAGCCAUUGGGCUUCACCAGAUGUAGAAGAUGUAACUCCCAUUUAA